AUGUCUGACCUUGAUCUUCUUUCGUCGCUCAAGCGCUCCAUCUCACCACCAACAACGACGCGCCUUACAAAAAGAUCAAGACGCUCAGCUCUCAUCCUAACACCUGCAGCUGUUGAAGCUGGCUCUGCAACCAUUGGCAAUCACCUCGAGUACUUUUGCGCGAGACUGACGCCGCUGUGUCGCCCACCUACCGCUCUAUCCAUUGAUGACUAUGGAGCAUUGUUCAAGCGAAAUCAACAUGAGCAUGGGAGGCACUUUGUAGUGCAUCAGCAUUCACAUCCAGUUGCGGGUGUCCACUAUGAUCUGCGUCUCCAGGUCUCAGCCACGAGUAGUGUGAGUUGGGCAGUGCCGUAUGGUUUGCCCGGAGAUCCGAAUUCGAAACGGUUGAAUCGAAUGGCGAUAGAGACGAGGGUGCAUUGCGUAUGGAACCACCUCAUCGAAUCCGCCUCCCAUGCCACCGGCUCCCUGCUCAUCUGGGACACGGGCGAGUACGAAGUCCUCCCGCGCCACGCCGCCCCAGUGGCCACAGACGACGACGACGACGACGACGAUGACAGUCCUUCACCAAACCCCUCGUGUCCAUCAGAAACCACGAAACUCCGCGCUGCAUUUCGAGAUAGACACAUCCGUCUGCGUCUCCACGGCACACGCCUGCCCGCAAACUACACAAUCUACAUGCGUCUGCCGUCCGCGAACGCAGCGCCACACACGCACACGCACAAGACACCAAACCCACUCGCGACUCGCCGUCGUCGACGACGCAGGAAGAAUGCCCCGUCGACCACCGCACGUCUGCGCAGUCCAGUCUCGACGUCGGAAGAAGAAUCCGAAACACGUGAUGCUACUGCUGCAGCUGCAGCACCUUCUAGAGUUACUGAUAGCGAAAGUAUGAAGAAUGACGACGCGGCGGUGGCGGCAGCGGCAGCUGCCAAUGCGUCUGACGUCGAAGAUGCGCAAAUUGCGACUAGCAAUGCAUAUCCCGGUGCUACGAACGAUAUCGGCUCUGUGCACCAACGACGGUGGUUUCUCGGGCUUGACAGGGGUAACUCUGGGUUUGUCCGGGCAGGAUCUCGGGGAGAGAGCUGGGUCAGGGAGGACGACAAGCGGGGAUUCGAGCCAUUCUACGUUCGGGGGAGUGCAGUUGAGCGAAGCGUCGUGACGGGCAGGUUAGCUAGUGAAUUGUUGAGUGAUGAGGGGGUAGAAGGCUUCGUAGAGAGGGGCAAUUGGCAGGGAAUCACUUCGUGAAGGUGGAGAGAAGUAUUGUGUGUAUGUCUCUAUGCGUACUCUGAGGUUGUAUCAUAUAUCUAAAGCCAAACAAAACGCCGAUCGAAAUGCAAAACGAGCUAUACAAGCCUACAGUCCAAGCUUUCUAUAUGCCCAAAACGCUCCGUUAUAGCGAUCUCACACAAGUGCGAAACUGGAGAAGUAGAUACAUGA